CUGGCGACACCAUCCUGUUGGCUAGUUAGAGGGCUAUCCAGUUUGGGUGUUUAAACGCCAAACCUCAGUCACAGAUUUGUAUUCAUCGCAGAAAGCUUUGCCAUGUGCGUCCUGACGAUAGCCUCGACCGUCUUUGCUCUGCUGGCCCUUACUGGAGCGGCCCCUGUUUGUGAGGAGCUUGUCAAACCACUCAAUGUGGAGGACCUAACACCGAUGUUGGGGAAGUGGUGGCUCCUUUUGAGCUCCAGUGAUCAUCUGACGUUCCGAGAGCAUCUGAGAGGGAUUAACAGCUCCUGGAUGAAUCUGACACUCUCUGACCAGGCAGGAUCAUUCAUCAUGAGUCAGUUCAAUAAUUUCAAUGGGAAAUGUGAUUUCACCACUUAUAUCACCAAUAUCACACUCAAAAGCGGUGUAUUACAUCUGAAGCAAAUUUUUGAGGGGGUUCCGUUGGAUUUUGAAUUGUCCUUCUUGCCAUCCGGAUCGGACUACCUUACUGUGCAUACCAACAUCAAGGUCAUCAACGUCACCACACUCAGCGUCUUUGGACGUUCAGCUAAGCUAUUGGAGACGGAGCAGCAAGCGUUCCAGAAACGACGGGAGUGCUUGGGCUACAACAGCCCAGUCCCAUACACCUACGACGGAGUUACAGAGCUCUGUGACGAGGCUAAGCACACACGUAUGUGUGAGCCCCUUGUCAAACAUCAAGAAAUCAAGGACACAACACAGUUGAUGGGGCGGUGGGUGCUCCUGAUUGGGUUCACAGACCAUAAGAUGUUCCAAGACUUACUGGAGAUCACCAGUAGCGGUUGGAUGGAUUGGACCCUUUCCCCCAAUACAGAUACGAUCACUGUAAUUCAAGGGAGUAGGCUAAGUGGGCAGUGCAUGAUCAGCUCCAGUAACGCCACCAUCCCGGACAGUGUUUUCCGCGGAUCUGCCAUGUAUGCAGGACACAUGGUGACCGUUGAGGGAUGGUUUUUGUUCUCUGGCAAAGACAUCCUUGUUAUAUAUAGCCAUAGCCAAAGUGGGGACCAGAUGAUCCAAGCACUCUACAUGUAUGGGCGGUCAAGUAAAGCAUCAGCCACAGACAUUGGAACAUUCCAGAAACAAGCGGAGUGUUUGGGAUGGUACAGACCAGCCCAGUAUACUUAUGAUGGAGUUACAGAGCUUUGUGAGAAAUCGCCUGAAUCGUCUGGAGACAAGGUUGUGGACUAAUUCAAUCAACUGUUAUGAAAUGAAGCUUUCAAAAUGACGUGUGGGCAUUAUAUUAUUGUAUUUAUGAGAAUGCCACAUGUUCAUACAGUAUGUAUGAUUUCAGAGAAUAUUAGACAUUAAAAGUGGCAUGACUGUCAAUUAAGCAAACUUGUUAAUGUUCUGUAAAUCACUGUUCUUGAGAAAUCACUUUUUUCUCAGUUUUAUAAUAUUUCAUAGUGUUGUUUCUUGAAUUUCCCCUUGGGGAUCAAUAAAGUAUCUAUCUAUCUAUC